CGACUCAAUAGCGAACUCAGAAAUCUUGACAAAAUACCGUUACAAUGGCUCUCAGCAGAGUUGCAAUGGGCUUCCUAGGCCUGUUCUUCACGGCCGGUGCUCUUCUGUUGAUGUUCCUGACCUUGUUGGGCGGAGCGAGAAACUCGCGUCCUCUGAACGAAAUCUUCUUCCUGCAGGUCGACACAAGCAAUAUUCCAGGUGCACCAUCCUUAUCUCGCUGGACUUUCUGGGAGAUAUGUGCAGUGUCGGCGAAUGGAAAGAACCAAUGCGGAUCGUCUUACCCAGACUUCCCAUUUGAUCCCCCGAGCCGGCGCAACUUUGGCACGACUGAGAAUAUUCCCUCUGCUUUCAUCGGCACGAACCACUACUUCCUCACAUCUCGGUUCUCGUUCCCCUUCCUUAUCAUCGCGCUCUUCUUCGGCGUGGUGUCGCUGUUCACUGGGUUCCUGGCCAUGUGCACGCGCAUUGGAAGCUAUAUCUCUUCGCUGAUGGCUUGGAUCGCCCUGAUUUUCCAGAUCAUCACGACUUGCCUUAUCACUGCCGUCUACGUCCAAGGACGCAACAAGUUCAACGCCAAUGGCCAGAGCGCCAGCGUGGGUGUCAAGGCUUUCGCUUUCAUGUGGACCGCUGUGGCUUGCCUGCUGCUUGCAUGCAUGUUCUAUUGCAUGGGUGGUGCUGUCGGGCGCAAGGAGAGGGGAUACAGUGGCCGUGAGCACCGUCGCCGGGGCUUCUUCUCGUCCGCACGCUCAAACAGCGUAAGAAGCAACAAGGAGACUGCGCCAUAAAUCCGACAUGGUCUUCUUCCUUUGAUAUUAUUCAGGAAGAAUUGAAAAAAACUGGGCUAUAGUACUUCGUCAAUACCUACUAUAGUACGCCGGCCUCCGCCAAUUGUUUACCUAUCGGCCGCAAGCCUUAUACUCGCCCCGUCAACACCGAAGGGUGCGUCUACCGGAGUAUGGAUCUGAUUGUUUAUGACUUGUUCUUUGCGGGUUGAGUAACCACGCCCUCCUGUGCGAGCGAAUCAAGUGGGCUCAUCCGCGCAUGCUAACAUUAAUGUCUCUUUGAUGAUGGAUGUCUGUCUGUUUAACUCGGC